GUUUACGAGCACAAGUUGGUGGCCUUUGACAUUGUCCCGCACUAGUUGGUUUUUGUCGGCUUUUUUUCUAAGUUUAGAUUCUAUCGAAGUAGGGUCAGUUGAUCGAAGAUUUCUCUUAAGCCCGGUCGAGGGGUAGUUGCCGUGUAGUUCUGCUUUCACAUAAUCGCAAAAGUACGUAGUUAGUAAGGAAGAAUCGGCGCUAAGGACGUAACCCCGAAAUGCGUUUGAUUGCAAAUUUGUGUGCAAUUGCGUUGCUUUGCAUUCUCCCGCAAUGCAUGGGCUGGAAAUUUUUCCUAAGAGGGCGGCAACGCGGAGGUAAUUUAGGCAACCCAAGUAACAAAACAGAGACAUCUUCGCUAGGGUCUGUGGAGGAGCUCUGGUUCAACCAGACGUUGGACCACUUCGAUCCUACAAAUGAUGCAAAAUGGUCUCAGAGAUACUUCGUAAAUAAGGAACACUACAAAGCGGGAGGCCCUGUCUUCCUCAUGAUCGGAGGUGAAGGGGAAGCUAACAAGAAGUGGAUGGAAGUAGGAGCCUGGAUCCACUACGCCAAGAAUUUCAACGCUUUGUGCUUCCAGCUGGAGCAUCGAUUCUACGGAAAAAGUCGUCCGACCAGUGAUCUCUCCACAAAGAACUUGAAAUACCUCUCGUCUGAGCAAGCGCUGGCUGACUUGGCGAGCUUUAUCAGCGCGAUGAAAAGUUCUUACAACGUAACGGAUGCAAAAUGGAUUGCUUUCGGUGGAUCGUACCCAGGGUCGUUAGCCGCUUGGCUACGGAAGAAAUAUCCCCACCUUAUUCAUGGCUCGAUCAGCUCCAGCGGCCCAUUGCUCGCCAAAAUAGACUUCACUGAAUAUUUCGAAGUAGUGACUACAUCGCUAGCAACGUAUUCGGACAACUGCGUAGAGGCCGUGCAACAGGCUUUUGCACAAAUCGAGAUAUUACUCAAGCAUAUGAUCGGGCAGCGCAGUUUGACUGAGAAAUUCAAGCUUUGCGACCCCUUGGAGAAGUCAAUUGAGAACGCUUUAGACAUAUCCAACUUAUUCGAGACCUUGGCGGAUAAUUUCGCAGAUGUCGUCCAAUAUAAUAAGGACAAUCGAGCAGAAAAUAAUGUUACCAUUGAUACGGUAUGCGACAUCCUAACAAACACUACAAUCGGGCCCCAAAUCGACAGGCUCGCGGCAGUAAAUUCUGUGAUACUGAAAAAGCACAAUGAGUCCUGUUUGGACUUUAAAUAUGACAAAAUGAUUAAAGAGAUGGUCGACAUCUCGUGGGACUCUGAAAUGUCAGAAGGAGGUCGCCAAUGGGUCUACCAAACAUGCACCGAGUUCGGAUUCUAUCAAACUUCGGAAAACGAUAAGUCGAUCUUUGGAAACAGGUUCAAUGCAGACUUCUUUAUCCGUCAAUGCGCGGAUGUCUACUCGCCAAUAUUUACGAAAAAAGUGUUGGAAACAGGCGUGAACAGAACCAAUAACGAUUAUGGCGCUCUUGAUCCCGAGACCACCAAUGUUUUGUAUGUGCACGGAUCAAUUGACCCUUGGCAUGCUUUGGGGCUGACUGAGUCGAAAAAUCCCAACACCCCGACAAUCUUCAUCAAAGGUACCGCACAUUGCGCAAAUAUGUACGAACCGGCGCCAACUGAUCUACCGGAACUUGUUGAAGCCCGUAAGAAAAUUGAACUGUACAUUGGGACAUUAUUGACAAAUUGAAUUUGUAUGUAGAAGUUGAUCUUUAUGCUGUGACACAUUGGAAAUAGUUAGUAAUAAAGUGUUUCACUAUUCAUAG